AUGGUCCAAUUAUCUCCCGACCUCGGGCUGAAGGUCUCUGUCGGCUCGUUGUUCCUUGCGACCUCAUACAACACUACAUUCGCUUUUGACCGACCGAUCAGUACAUCUGUACUCGCAUGUUUCCUGACCGGCGUCACAUUAUUGACAUGGAGUCGCUUUAUAUCCUUGUCCUCGAUACCGUCGUCGCCAACAAGCAAACGACCCGGUCUCCCUCUUGCAGAGCAAUUUGAGCUCCCUUCCCGCGCAUCGAGCUCAUCUUUCCCCGUCGGCGAUGUCGAAACCCGUCCUCGACUUCGGUUUCAAUCCUGGUGGAUUAAAGCCGGUCUAUUAUUGGGGCUAUGCGGUGCGCGCAUCGAAUCUUUUCGUCAAAUCACCCGCAAUACCGAAUGCGCGCCCGCCGGAUACGCCUACGCAGUUCCGUUCAUGGUGUCCCUUUAUGACUUUUGGUGUAAUCAGCGAUCUCGACAAACGGAAAAUUAUGUACCGAUCCAGCGGUUUCAAAAGUUGCCGCUGCAGGUAACAUACUCGAUGUCUCGCCGGAGUUUCUACUACCUGACCCAGAGCCGCUUCCGAGGUAUCAUUGCAGCAGCUUUCCUGUCGAUCGGUGGACUUUUGGCUUCUUCGCUCCUCGCCGGAACACGGUCAUCAUACAUCUGCCCUGUCGUGUUGAACGGCGCAUCACGAUUGCAAUCCCUCAAGAUAUUCAAUCUCUUUGUAGAUUCAGGAUUGCUCAUUGGGAUUGCCGAGCUGUGUCGGAUUGGUGGUCAGUUCGAUGAUGCGCGGAGAAAACGAGCUUUGACGUUCCUUGGAGCUGGUCUCCUGGGUGUCUCUUUCAUUUGGAGUGUUCUCUCAUUUUGGGUGCCAAAUAGCUCUCCUGAGCUUGCAGGCCAACCCAUGCUAGAUUUGGAGUACUCUCGUGGUGCAUUCAGCCAGUCCAUCCUAGUACUGCUACUUGUCGUGUCUGCGUGGAACAUGCUACCACACUUCGAUGUUUUGGGGGUUUCGAUAAUAGGCGGCUUCACAAUUAUGUACUUCUCAUCUUUGUCGGCAUUGACGAGUGGACAAGCUCCUUUCCCUUUCAUAUCUUUGACCCACGCCAUUCUUCCAUUUGCAGCAUCUUUGACUGGUGCUGUUCUAUUCCUGCUUGCACGAAUCGUUCACGACGAAGAGUCGAAGCCGCUAUACCGCACCAAUAUCGCAAUCCAAGUGCUGUUCGUAUUGCUUAGUGCUGUUGGAUUGUUCUUCGCAGUGAACAAGCACCGCUUUACUCAUAUGCAUCCCAUUGAGUUCCUCAUCCACGAAGGCAGAAUCCAGCAUGAUAAUUUCAUGAGUCAAGCAUCCAGCAGCAAAAGCCUAGGGGAAGCUACUUGGGAGUAUCGAAGAAGAUACAAUCAGCACCCUCCGCCGGGCUUUGAUAAAUGGUAUCAAUAUGCCACUAGCCGAUCGUCAGCUGUGAUCGACGAUUUCGAUCAGAUCUACCACGAUCUGCUUCCAUUCCGAGCCGUGGCCCCGGAGCAUAUCCGGGCAAUGACCCACGAGCUAGCCACCAAUCCAUUCAAUGAUCUUGGUGGUAUCAGGAUCCGCAAUGGUACGGCCAUGGUGCAGGAAGGGAUUAAACCUACUCAUGCAUGGAUGGUAAAGGGUGCUGCAGACAUGAUGGAAAACUUCGUCAAACACCUCCCCGACAUGGAUUUAGUGUUCAAUCUGAACGAUGAGCCACGAGUCGCAGUCCCUUGGGAGAAGGUUUCGGGGUUGACACGGCAGGCUCAGAUGCAAAACAUGGUACCUGAAGAGCAUGCAGUAAACAGUUGGUCGACCAAUCGAGAAGAGGGCUGGGCCCCCAUCGAACCUGCCGACCAAACCAAUAUCACAGUCUUCACCGAUGGUGCCUGGAGGGGAGUCUUCGAUCCUUACGUCGGUGCCGUUUGCCCUCCUUCGUCCAAGGCCCGCUCCCAGCGAAUCUGGAACCGCCGCGACAUUUGCCUGUCAUGCACGGCGCCUCACUCCAUGGGUCAGUUCCCACUGGACUUCAACAUCGCCUCCGACAUCUGUCACCAGCCAGAUCUUGCUUUCAUGCAUGGCUUGCUGAUCUCACCGGCUUCGUUCAAAGUCUCCCAGGAACUUAUCCCCGUUUUCAGUCAGAGUGCUCUAUCCGGGUUCAAUGACAUUCUCUUCCCCAGCCCCUGGAAUUACAUCGACAAGGUUAAAUAUGAACCUACAAAUGAACACCCCGAUCCGGAAUACGGACACAAAGAGAAUUCUCUCUACUGGGUCGGUAGCACCUCAGAAGGUGUCAGUCGUUUCGGAGAGUGGAAAGGCAUGCCCCGCCAGCGCUUCGCUCAUCUCAUCAACAACAAUACCAACAACCAAGUCUCCGUUCUGCUCCCCACUGGCGAUGGCUCCUUCCGCUACGAAAUCAUGGACGGCUCUGCCCCGGCCGAGGAUCUCCAACUCCAAACCGCUGUCCACCUCGCCAACCCCAUUAUCCGCUGUGAAGAUUGCGAGGAACAAGCUGCCGAAAUGGGCACCGUGGGCUGGGCCGACUUCCAGGCCCACUGGUCCCACCGCUACCUCUUCGAUCUCGACGGCGCCGGCUUCAGCGGUCGCUUCCUCCCAUUCUUACACAGUCACAGCCUGCCUUUCAAGACAGGCCUUUUCCGACAAUGGUUUGACCCUCGUGUCUCCUCCUGGCUCCAUUUCGUGCCUAUUGAUAUUCGCCUUCAUGGGAUGUGGAGUACCCUGGCGUAUUUCGCGGGUGUGCCCGCCCCCGCGACAGAUCGCUCGGGACCGGACGCACCGAAAGCUCGGAUGAAGAGCCACGAUCAACAGGGCAAAUGGAUCGCGGAGGAAGGCCGCAAGUGGGCGCAGACUGCUCUCCGCAAGGAAGACAUGGAGAUCUACUUUUUCCGUCUUCUUUUGGAGUGGGGACGUUUGACGGAUGAUCAGCGGGAUGUGCUUGGGUUCAAACCUUAA